AUGGCCGCGUUGGGGGCGGGCGGGGGAUCCUCCCCCGGGCAAGGGGCGGGCUCCUGGACAGGCGCGCUCCCUGCCACCAGGCUCCCGCAAAACUGCGGCAUCAUGGCACCUGCCGGGCGCCCCGGAGCCAAGAAGGGUAUUUUAGAGCGUCUGGAUGGUGGAGAGGUCGUGGUUGGGGAUGGCAGUUUUCUCAUAACUCUGGAGAAGAGGGGCUAUGUGAAGGCGGGGCUCUGGACUCCAGAGGCCGUGGUGGAGCAUCCGAAUGCAGUUCGUCAGCUUCACAUGGAAUUCUUGAGAGCGGGAUCCAAUGUCAUGCAGACUUUCACCUUUUCUGCCAGUGAAGAAAACAUGGAGAGCAAGUGGGAAGAUGUAAAUGCUGCUGCCUGUGACCUUGCCAGAGAAGUGGCUGACAAAGGCGAUGCCUUGGUGGCAGGGGGGAUCUGCCAGACAUCAAUAUAUAAACAGCGCAAGGAUGAAGCAAGAGUUAAAAAACUUUUUCAACUACAGCUGAAGGUUUUUGUCAAGAAAAAUGUGGACUUCUUGAUUGCAGAGUAUUUUGAGUAUGCUGAAGAAGCUGUGUGGGCUGUGGAAGUCUUAAAAGAAUCCGGUAAACCUGUGGCAGCUACUAUGUGCAUAGGCCCAGAGGGAGACAAGCACAAUGUCACACCUGGAGAAUGUGCUAUUAAACUGGUGAAAGCAGGGGCUUCGAUUGUUGGCGUGAACUGCCGGUUUGGGCCCGAGAGCAGCCUGGAGACGGUGAAGCUCAUGAAGGAAGGCCUCCAGGCCGCAGGGUUGAGAGCGCACCUGAUGGUGCAGCCCCUGGGGUUCCACACCCCCGACUGUGGCAAAGGGGGGUUUGUGGACCUCCCAGAAUAUCCCUUUGGACUGGAGCCCAGAGUUGCAACCAGGUGGGAUAUUCAGAAGUACGCCAGAGAGGCCUACAACCUGGGGGUCAGGUACAUAGGUGGGUGCUGCGGACUCGAGCCCUACCACGUCAGGGCGAUUGCAGAGGAGCUGGCCCCAGAAAGGGGCUUUUUGCCGCCGGCCUCAGAAAAGCAUGGCAGCUGGGGAAGUGGUCUCAAUAUGCACACCAAACCGUGGAUUAGAGCCAGGGCUAGAAGAGAGUAUUGGGAGAAUCUGCUGCCGGCUUCCGGCAGACCUUUCUGUCCUUCGCUGUCAAAGCCAGACGUCUAAGGAAAAACGGAACAGAAAGAAAUGCCCCCGAGGCCCUUCUGGACCCCUUCCUCGCCUGAGCCCACCCUGAGUUUC